AUGGGACAUCACUUACGUAUCCUCAUUAUGUUGACUCCAAGGUCCCUCGUUCCACAUCUCAGUUUCCUUUUAGUUUUCUAUAUACUCUAUGUUCUAUUGCUGAUUGCACACCUCUUGAUUUCGAAUAGGGGCAUUGAGAUGACUGUAGCAUUGAGAAUGCAAAUGGAGUCCAAAAGCGGCUUCAAGUGCAGUAGAGCAACAGGGAAAUAUUUACUAUUGUUAAUAUUAUUAAUGCAGUCUUCUAUUAUUGCUAUGUUUGAUAAUUUGCUGAGGGAUCUUGUUUUCUUGAUUCAAAGAAAUCUGCAGCUUCGAAUGGAAGAGCAAAGGCGUCACCUUCGGAUGAUGUUUGAGAAGCAGUGCAAGUCGGGCAUGAACAUGCUCAAGGGGACUUCAUCUGCGACUGACAACUCCUUAAAGGAGUUCAUGGAUUCAGUGGGAAAUGCUCUAUCCAAAUCUGAUUCAGGAGUAUUAGUCAACAGUAGGGAAACAGGCAGGAAAUCAUCUAAUGUACCAGCAAGGGAAAAUUUACGGGAUGUGGGAGAGAAACAUAAAGCUCACGAGUCUGAAGUUGUUGGAAAUUGUGAAGCAAAUGUAGCUGGCGCGUCCAAUUUGUCACCAUCCAAGCAUGCUAAAGUGCAAGGUUAG